AUGGAUGAUUCAUCGAAAACAUUCAAUAAGAAAAAAGAAGGAUCUCAAACUCUUGCUACUAUGAUUAAUCGAAUUCAAACAUUAAUUAAAUCAAUAAAGAGACCAGGUGUUCAUGCCGUCGAUUAUAUGUCUGAUGUUGGCUUUGAUUAUACAGGUGAUGGAGAUACAGCUCGUUGUAAAGACUGCGGACUUGAAGUAUCCAACUGGACAUUAGAUAUGAAUCCAUUUACUAUUCAUUCAAAAUGCCAACCGAAUUGUCCAUUCGUACGCUCUAUAAUAUCAACUUCAUCAUCAGAUGUACUUGUGUCUUGCACGAUCCCAAUAACUACUACUCAAAAUCCAUCUAUUUUAACGGCAGAAGAAAACACUUGUACUCUUCAAAAAAUAAAAAAGAUGGAUUUUCAAUCAGUAUCAAAUACUUUACUUGAAACUAAUACACUUCAACAAGUGCGAAGACGUACUUUUUCUCAUUGGCCACAUCGUACUGUUCCAUCGAGUGCACAAAUGAUUGAAGCUGGAUUUUUUUGUUGCAAUGUGGGUGAUCGAGUAGUAUGCAUCUAUUGUAAUCUUAUUUGUCAACAAUGGACACCUCAUACCGAUGAUCCGUGUGAAUUACAUAAAACAUUAUCACCUAAUUGUAUAUAUGUCAAAACAAGAUUAAUGCAUCCUACAACUUCAUCAAUAAUUAUUGUCAAUGAAGGCUCAACAACAACAAUCACAGACGUUGCUUCAUCAAUAUCAAAUAAUCUCAGCUCCUUACGACCUAAUGAUAUUGUAUUUAGAGCAUCAUGUAAUCCUGCUUAUUCAGAAAUACCAAAACGUUAUGCAUCAUUCGUUACAUGGCCAAAUGAAAAUUUACCAUUAGUAGAUGAUUUUGUUCGAGCAGGAUUUUUUUAUACAGGUGCAACAACCAUUGUUACUUGUUUUUAUUGUAAUGGAUCAUUACAAAAUUGGAGUUCAAAUGAUAAUCCAAUGAUUGAACAUGCUCGUUGGUUUCCAUUUUGUCCAUAUGCUAAACAAUUGUGUGGCGAAGAACUAUAUCGUAAAAUUCAAAAAUCUAAACGAAUACAACAAGAGCGCUCUAGAGCUAACGAAUUAAGACAAAGAAAAGGCUCAAAUGAUCUGAUAAAUACUAAUGUGACAGAAAAUAGUGGAAAAUUAGUAAUACGUGAUGAAAGUACUUUAUCCAGACUCGUCUCUGCACGAUUAGAUUUAUCGAUGUCACAACGUUUAUUAGAUCAAAAUUUUAAAUUAUCUAUUAUUAAACGAUGUUGGGAAGAUCAAUUACGAAUAAAACAUGAUGAUUUUGUAUCCGAUUGUGAUUUAUAUGUUGCUUGUGUAAUUCUUCGAAAACAGAUUGAACAUAUUGAUGGUAAAAAAGAAAAUAUUGUUAUACCAAGUAUAAAAAUGAAACCAAUCCGAGAAAAAAAUGAGACAGGAAUGCAUGAACAAGUAUCAACUAUACCUAAUGCAGCUCAAUCUGAACAAAAUCGUACAGAUGUUGAUGUGAAUAUAUUAUCACAAUCAUUAACAAAUGAAUCUACAUCUUCUCAAUCUUCUAUUAACUCAACAUCAAAAUCAAUAAACAAUAGUAAUGAACGUGAAACACAAACAAAUAAACAAAUAACUACUAUUAAUGAUCGAAGUCAAUCAAUUGAUUCACAACCAUCGAAUCUUUGUGUUCUAUGUCUGACAGAAGCUAAACAAUUAGCUUGUAUACCAUGUGGUCACAUGGCAACAUGUGUCGCAUGUGGUCACUCACUGCGAUUGUGUCCAAUAUGUCGACGAGAAAUCGAUGCAUUUAUUAGAAUUUACAUUUAA